UCCCUCCCAGUCCCACAUCGAUUACCAGUCCAAAGCGACGACCAUGGCCGGCCUUCCUUAUUCGGCUCCUCACCCUGCCACCAUCUCCGCUUCCUCCAACUCCUUUGCAUGCCCCUUCCGCAGCAAGGGGCUUGUCUUCCCCUACCCUACCAGAAGAGCACUCCAUGUUCGUCCCAACAUCGCAUGCAAGGCAGGCGAGGAGCACGAGAUCGCUGCUAAGGUCGACCGACGCGACGUGCUCGUGGGCCUCGGUGGGCUCUGCGGAGCCGCCGCUGGCCUUGGCGGGUUCGAUAAAGCCGCCCUCGCUAACCCCAUUCAGGCCCCUGAUCUCUCCAAGUGCGGCCCUGCCGACCUCCCCACCGGCGUGCCAAUCGUCAACUGCUGCCCGCCCUACCGUCCCGGUGCGAAGAUUGUGGAUUUCAAGCGGCCGUCGCCGUCCUCCCCACUCCGCGUCCGCCCCGCCGCCCACUUGGUUGACCCCGAGUACCUGGCCAAGUACAAGAAGGCCAUCGAGCUCAUGAAGGAGCUCCCGGCCGAUGACCCUCGCAACUUCAUGCAGCAGGCCGACGUCCACUGCGCCUACUGCGACGGCGCUUACGACCAGAUCGGCUUCCCCGACCUUGAGAUCCAAGUCCACAACAGCUGGCUCUUCUUCCCCUGGCACCGCUUGUACCUCUACUUCAACGAGAGGAUCCUCGGCAAGCUCAUCGGCGACGACACCUUCUCGCUCCCUUUCUGGAACUGGGACGCACCCGGCGGAAUGAUGCUGCCUUCGAUCUACGCCGAUCCUUCGUCACCCCUCUACGACAAACUUCGCGACGCCAAGCACCAACCUCCUGUCCUUGUCGACCUCGACUACAAUGGAACCGACCCAACCUUCCCCGACGCCCAGCAAAUCGAUCACAACCUCAAGAUCAUGUACCGCCAAGUCUUCUCCAACGGCAAGACGCCGUUGCUGUUCUUAGGCUCAGCUUACCGUGCCGGUGAACAGCCUAACCCUGGCGCGGGCUCCGUCGAGAACAUGCCGCACAACAACGUGCACUUGUGGACCGGCGACCGCACCCAGCCCAACUUCGAGAACAUGGGCACCUUCUACGCCGCGGCGCGCGACCCCAUCUUCUUCGCCCACCACGCCAACAUCGACCGCAUGUGGUACCUGUGGAAGAAGCUCAGCAGGAAGCACCAGGACUUCAAUGACUCGGACUGGCUCAAAGCUUCCUUCCUUUUCUACGACGAGAACGCCGACUUAGUUCGGGUCACGGUCAAGGACUGCUUGGAGACCGAUUGGCUGCGCUACACGUACCAAGACGUGAAGAUCCCAUGGGUGAACGCCCGACCGACUCCCAAGCUCGCCAAGGCGAGGAAAGCCGCCAGCAGAUCGCUGAAAGCCACCGCGGAGGUGCAGUUCCCUGUGACGCUGGAAUCCCCGGUCAAAGUGACGGUGAAGAGGCCCAAGGUGGGGAGGAGCGGCAAGGAGAAGGAAGAUGAGGAGGAGAUACUCAUAGUGGAGGGGAUCGAGUUCGACCGCGACUACUUCAUCAAGUUCGACGUCUUCGUGAACGCGACGGAGGGCGACGGCAUCACGGCCGGGGCCAGCGAGUUCGCCGGCAGCUUCGUGAACGUCCCGCACAAGCACAAGCACCGCAAGGAUGAGAAUAAGCUGAAGACGAGGCUGUGUCUGGGAAUCACCGACCUUCUCGAGGACAUCGGCGCGGAGGACGACGACAGCGUGCUCGUCACCAUCGUGCCGAAGGCAGGCAAAGGAAAGGUGUCCGUCGGCGGUCUUCGGAUUGACUUUUCCAAGUGAGGAAAUAAAAGAAUUCACGUGCUGUGCUUGCUUUCUAUGUACGAAUAAAAUAAGAGUGCAUCAUCACCGACCAUGGUUCAACUUUAAACUUCGUGUUGUACCUUUGAUGUCAGUAGUCUCACAUUGUUGUUGUUUACAGUUUCUAUGGACAUGCAUUUGCAGUAUCA